AUGGCUAACUUGAAAGAAUAUUUUGAUUUGUCGGUCGAGCAAUCCAGAGAAGGACCCAGUAUCCAACCUGGGGGGAUAUCUGGAUCGGCCAAGAGGGGGACUAAGCGGAAGCUUGAGAAUAAGUCGUUUAAGGCAAAGUACGAGGCCAUCAUAGAAGUCGAGAAAGGUCUCAAGACCAAGAAGAAGAUAGCAGAAGAGUUUGGCAUCCCACAAAAUACGCUAUCAACGUGGAUUAAGAAUAAGGACAAGAUUAAGGCGAAAUUCCUGACCGGCGAUCUCGAGCUCGCAAGAAAAAAGGCGCGGACAGCAAAAUUCCCUGAUAUAGAAGCGGCCCUACUAGCGUGGUUCAAAAACGCCAGACAGCAGAAUACACCUAUCGACGGCGAGACCAUGAGGGCAAAGGCAAGAUUGUAUGCUGAGCAACUCGGCGUCUCCAGCACCGAGUUCGACUGUUCCGGCGGCUGGUUAGAGAGAUUCAAAAAUCGGCACGGCCUGUGUAUGAAGAAAAUCAGCGGAGAAGCAAACUCUGUAGACAAGACCAAUGCAGCGUACACCAUGUGGCAGUCCCGGCUACAGACUAUCCUAGAGACUUACGCUGCCGACGACAUUUUCAACGCCGACGAGACGGCCAUUUUCUACAGGGCACUGCCAGAGAAGACUUUAGAGUUUAAGUCAAUAGCGUGUCACGGUGGAAAGCGAGGCACUGAAGGCAUGUGA